CAUACAGUCAUUCCAGCAAACACCAUGAACCCAUACAGUCAUUCCAGCAGACACCAUGAACCCAUACAGUCAUUCCAGCAAACACCACGAACUCAUACACUCAUUCCAGCAAACACCAUGAACCCAUACAGUCAUUCCAGCAAAUACCAUGAAGCCAUGCACCAUGCAUUCAUUCCAGCAAACACCAUGAACCCAUACAGUUAUUCCAGCAAACACCAUGAAGCCAUGCAUUCAUUCCAGUAA